AUGUGGCCGUUGCUGCUGGCCGUGCUGCUGCUGGCGAUCCUCUGCAAAGUUUACUUGGUGCUGUUUACUGACAGGUCCCGGAACCCCUUUUCCGAGGACGUUAAGCGGCCGCCCGCGCCCCUGGUGACCGACAAGGAAGCCAGGAAGAAAGUUCUCAAACAAGCCUUCUCAGUCAGCCAAGUGCCAGAGAAGCUGGAUGUGGUCGUGAUAGGAAGUGGCUUCGGGGGUCUGGCUGCUGCUGCCAUUCUGGCCAAAGCUGGCAAGCGAGUUCUGGUGCUGGAACAACAUACCAAGGCGGGGGGCUGCUGUCAUACCUUUGGACAGGAUGGCCUUGAAUUUGACACAGGAAUCCAUUACAUUGGACGUAUGCAGGAGGGCAGCAUUGGCCGUUUUAUGUUGGACCAGAUCACUGAGGGACAGCUAGACUGGGCUGCCAUGUCCUCUCCCUUUGACAUUAUGGUACUAGAAGGACCCAAUGGCCGAAAGGAGUUCCCCAUGUACAGUGGGGAGAAAGCCUUUGUUCAGGGCCUCAAGGAGAAGUUUCCACAAGAAACAGCUGCCAUAGACAAGUAUAUGAAGCUAGUUAAGGUGGUGUCCAGGGGAGUCUUUCAUGCCAUCGUGCUGAAGAUCCUCCCAUUGCCUGUGGCUCAGCUCCUCACCAAGAGUGGUCUGCUGACUCGCUUCUCUCCCUUCCUUCAUGCCUCCACCCAGAGCUUGUCUGAGGUCUUGCAACAGCUGCCGGCCUCCCCUGAGCUCCAGGCAGUGCUCAGCUACAUCUUUCCUACUUAUGGUGUGACCCCCAGCCACACCACCUUUGCCAUGCAUGCUCUUCUGGUUGACCACUACUUAAAAGGAGCCUUCUAUCCCCGUGGUGGCUCCAGUGAAAUCGCCUUCCACACCAUCCCUGUGAUUCAGCGGGCUGGGGGUGCUGUCCUUACACGGGCCACUGUGCAGAGCGUGUUGCUGGAUUCAGCUGGAAAGGCUUGUGGUGUGAGCGUGAAGAAGGGCCAGGAGCUGGUGAACAUCUAUUGUCCCAUUGUGAUCUCCAACGCAGGACUGUUCAAUACCUAUGAGCACUUGUUGCCUGAGCAUGUGCGCUGUCUGCCAGAUGUGAAGAAACAGCUGGGGAUGGUGCGGCCUGGCUUGGGCAUGUUCUCUGUUUUCAUCUGCCUACGAGGCACAAAGAAGGACCUAGGUCUACAGUCCACCAACUACUAUGUUUAUUUUGACACAGACAUGGACAAAGCGAUGGAGCAGUACUGCUCAAUGCCCAGGGAAAAGGCUGCAGCACACAUCCCCCUUUUCUUCAUUGCUUCCCCAUCAACCAAGGAUCCGACAUGGGAGGACCGAUUCCCAGACCGCUCCACGAUGAUUGUCCUGUUCCCCAUCACCUACGAGUGGUUUGAGGAGUGGAAGGAGCAACCACAGGGAAAGCGGAGCAGUGACUAUGAAACCCUUAAAAACGCCUUUGUUGAAGCCUCUAUGUCCAUUGUCCUGAAGCUCUUUCCCCAGCUGGAGGGGCAGGUGGACAGUGUGACUGGAGGAUCCCCACUGACCAAUCAGUUCUAUCUGGCUGCUCCACGAGGUGCCUGCUAUGGGGCCGACCAUGACCUGGGCCGCCUGCAUCCUCAAACAAUGGCCUCUAUGCGGGCUCAGACCCCCAUCCCCAACCUCUACCUGACAGGCCAGGACAUCUUCACGUGUGGGUUGAUGGGGGCCCUGCAAGGGGCCAUGCUGUGCAGCAGCGCCAUCCUGAAGCGGAACGUGUACUCUGACCUUAAGAAGCUUGGCUCAAGGGUCCAGGCACAGAAGAAGAAGAAUUAG